AUGUACUAUAUUGGUGUCGACGUGGGCACAGGCUCGGUGCGCGCCGCGUUGGUAGGCACCUCAGCGCAGGUGCUAGCACAGGCUACGGUGCCGAUCAAGACGUGGCGCUUUGCUAGUGAUAGCCGUCUGUACGAGCAGUCGGGCCAGCAGAUAUGGGACGCGAUUGCGCAUUGUGUUCGCACCGUGGUGCAAGAGGCGAACGUGGCUGCGAGCGAUGUACAUGGCAUCGGCUUUGAUGCUACAUGUAGUUUGGUUGUGGUUCGGAAGGAUGGUAGUCCCGUGUGCGUGACGCCCUCGCAUCUUCCUCAGGACGACCAAUGCAACAUUAUCUUGUGGGCGGACCAUCGGGCGGAAGCCGAAGCCCAGCUGAUCAACCAAACAGGCCACAAAGUGCUCAACUAUGUGGGAGGGACCAUGUCGCUGGAAAUGGAGACGCCCAAGAUCCUGUGGCUCAAAAAGCAUUGGCCUGCGGCCCUCUUUGACCAGUGUGAAUUCUUCGACUUGCCCGACUACCUGACAUUCCGCGCGACGCAGUCGCGUGCUCGUUCCUUCUGCAGCUUGGUAUGCAAAUGCGGCUUCAUCCCGCCAGGUACCGACGGCAGCACCAUCGGAUGGCAGUCGGACUUUCUCGACCAAAUUGGCCUGGGCUCCUUGGGGCCUUCCUACGACGCCCUGGGAGGCAUUCCUGGGCAGACUGGCAUGGUGCUCACGGCUGGCAUGCCGGUCGGCGCUGGCCUCGCCGAAGCGGCAGCGCACGACCUGGGCCUCAUGCCACAUACUCCCGUCGGCUCGGGUGUCAUUGACGCGUAUGCAGGCUGGGUCGGAACUGUCGCUGCGUCCUCGCGCAGCGAGGCCGCUACGUCGCCGACCCCGCGCUUGGCCGAUGCAGCGACGCGGCUGAUCGCCAUUGCAGGAACAAGCACCUGCUACUGUAUUCAAAGUGACAAGGGCAUCGCUGUCCCUGGUGUAUGGGGUCCCUACAAAAAUGCCAUCUUCCCCGGGAUGUGGAUGAACGAAGGGGGGCAAAGCAGCACCGGCCAGCUGAUCGAUAUGAUCCUCGAAACGCACCCUGCGUAUGCGGCCCUGCAAGCCGAGGCGCAAGAACGGCACGUGUCGCCCUUCUCGUUGCUGGAGGAGACGCUUGCGACGUUGAUGACAGAGCAAGGUCUGCCCUGCGCAUCGCCCUCCUCGUACGCUUUCCUCGUUCGGCAUAUGCACAUGUACCCAGACUUUUACGGGAACCGCUCGCCGCUUGCCGAUGCAUCGCUACGCGGCAUGAUGAGCGGCCUUACCCUGGAUCGAUCGCGUGCCGACUUGGCACGCAAAUACGUCCUGACAUUGGAAGCCAUUGCGCUGCAAACGCGGCAAAUUAUCGAGGCCAUGAACCAACGUGGCCAUCGCAUUGAAGCGAUCUACUUAUCGGGCGGAGGCCAGGCACGCAACCUCAUCUAUGCACAACUCAUUGCUGACGUAUGUGGCGUGCGUGUCCAGAUGCCGAGGCACGCCUCGGCCAGUGUCGUGGUAGGCGCGGCGAUUCUCGGGCGUUUGGCAGCCGCCGUGACGCGUGAUCGAGCGGGAGAGACACGUGCCAACGAUGCCGUGCUGCCAUCGCAGGCAGAGGCGGAGGCGUGUGCGCCGUUGUAUGCACACACCCUCUGGGACCUUAUGGCCCAAACGACGAACUCUGGUGAUAUGAUAUUCCCUACCGAGGACCGCCAAACGCUGGCCCUGUUCCAGGCUAAGUACCGUAUUUUCCUAGAGUCCAUUGAUCUGCAGCGUCGCUGGGCCAAGGACAUGGAUCACAUCCAUGCCAACUAA